AUGAAGUUCCUUGCCAUCGCGUUUCUUCUGGUCCAGUCCGUCCACGGCUUGACUACGACUCGAGUAGAAUGUGCGGAUAACAUCAACGAUGCGAGAGCUGAAAACGCUGAACAACGUCAAUGGGGCAAUAUGAACAAACUGUUGUAUAACAUCAGUUUGGAGAGGACUCUCUCGGAGUUCCUCAACCAGUACAAUGGAUGUCCAGGACCAAUCCAUAUUGGUGGGAGUGAAUACCUGGUCACUCUGAAUAUCUAUGAAUAUAUUUUUCGUGGAGAGGGCGGUAGAUUGGAAAGCGAAAUCGAAAAAGGAGCGUUUGGAAUGCCCACAAGUACAAUGAUGGCGUGUGCUCUGACGACAUGUUUGGAGGAUGGAAGUCAAAUUUUUAGUGUCAUCACAGAUGCUGUAAAGUUCUCUGCAAUCAAAGGAACCCCCGGAUCAAAUUGUUCUUCGUCUGGAAGACUGGCCAAUUCCAAAGGAUUGUGCUACCUUGGAAGCGAUCAGAAGAAGUUUGUUCGUAAAGGAGUAUUGCAACAAGUUGGAGAUGUCAUCGACAAUAAAUUAUUCGGCUGGGGAUGA